CUCCGCUCCGCCCCCGCCCCUCCCGUGCAGCCGUGCUCCGGGACUGGGGUUCGGAUCCAAAUUGCGACCGCCGCGCCCCAAUCGAGGUCGUUGAACCCUCGCCGGCGGCGGCGAUGGCGUCCGCCCUCCUCGCCGGCCGGAGCGGGGCGCACCACCACAGCUGGGGGGAGGGGCGCGCCCCGCUGGCGCCCAUACCGCCCAACCCUAGCCCCAACCACCACCCCGUCCCCCCGCGCGGCGACGGGUCGAAGGCGCGGACGGCGGCCUCGCCGGCGGCCGGGUACGUCACCUUCAAGCCGGCGUCUCUGGGCCACCGCGAGGCCCGCGCGCUACGGGACCGCCUCGCCGGCGAGCUCGGCCAGGUCCGCGCCCUCCUCUCCCGCAUCGACACAUGGCAGGUGGAGCGGCAGGAGCAGGGCCACCCGCCGCGCCGGGAGCUCCCUCCCGCGCCGCCGGCGAAGCUCCGGGGCGCGAUGCGGAAGCGGUGCGGGCAGAUCCUCACCAAGCUGCGGAAGGACAAGCGGAGCGUGUGGUUCAACGCGCCCGUGGAGGUCGAGCGCCUCGGGCUCCACGACUACCACACCGUCAUCAAGAGACCCAUGGACCUCGGCACCGUGAAGGAGAACCUCGCCGCCGGGAGGUACGCCUCGCACGACGCCUUCGCCGCCGACGUCCGCCUCACCUUCUCCAACGCGCUGCGGUACAACCCGGUCGGGCACGAGGUUCACACGUUCGCUGGCGCCCUCCUCGCGUCCUUCGAGAAGAUGUACAAAGAGGCAGUCGCUUGGUUCAAGGAAGAGUGCAAGCGCCUUGAGCCGCCAAAGCCAGUGCCAGCCGAAUUGCCACCUCCCCCGAUAGUUGAGGCGAAGGUGAAGCCGAAGACAGGGAACGGGAAGAUGCGGAAGCCGAAGGCGAGGGAGACUAACAAGAGGGAGAUGAGCCUGGAUGAGAAGAACAUGUUGAGGCUGGGCCUUGAGAGCUUGCCUGAAGAGAAGAUGCAUAAUGUGCUGCAGAUUGUGAGGAAGAGGAACAACAACCCGGAGAUGCUUGGGGAUGAGAUCGAGCUGGAUAUUGAUGAGAUGGACAUUGAGACACAGUGGGAGCUUGAUCGAUUUGUCACCAACUUCAACAAGGCCCUCAAGAAGAGUCAGCGAACUGCAAUGGUGAAUGGAGGCAUUGCUGAUGUCACAAGUGCUGCCGUGGCUGAGGAUGACACUGCACCAGUGAACGGUGUGGCUACAUUGGUUGGCAAUGAUGAUGCGGAGAGCGAGAACCCUAUGAAGAGCACUACGUUGGCUGAACAAGUUGAUGAGUAUGUAGAUAUUGGGGAUGAGAUGCCAACAGCCACUUACCAGUCAAUGGAGAUCGAGAAGGAUGCUGAAGUUGCAAGUCGCUCCAGUGGUUCUGGCAGUGGCUCCUCAUCGUCCAGUGGUUCUGGUAGUGGCUCCUCAUCGUCCAGUGGUUCGGAGUCUGGGAGCUCAGGGGACAGUGCCUCAGGAGCUGGGAAUGCUCACUCUUUGGCUUAGGGGAGGUCGUUGUAACCAUAGGGAAUUCAAGGGUUUCGAUGGUGUGAGUUCUUGUUCUUGAGUGAUUUGAGUAGAGUUAGAGGAAUUGUAGGUAUUCUGUAAACUGUUUUUCUGAGAUGUGGGUGUCUGCUUCGGUUUAGUAGUUAACGCAGUUAGUAGAUAACAGAUGGGGCUUUGUGAGUAUCAGAUGGCACAGCUGGAGACAUGUGUAUAUAAGUUUAAGGUGGAAGCUGGAUGGUACGGGGGGCCUUUAUAGUAGAUUAGUAGUUGAACCGGCCUAAUGAUUAUGAAGGUGGCUAGACCUAGUGUCUGUUAUUUGUAGUACGGUUGUUCUGGUGCAGCUCUCUUUAUGGAGUUGAUUAUCGAUGAGUUGUGCAUGUCAUUAAGUAUGGUAUUAAAAGUAACAACACAGUAUCUUUGUAUGGUGAUGACUAUGAUUAAGUUAUUCAUCAUUUUGGACAGACCAGCAGUGAGAUAAGUUUCAGU